UAAAUUCAACAAGAAUGAACUCAAAUCAGCCUAUAAUUUAUUCAAAUAUUUUAUAAUUAUAAUUAAUUUUUUUUAUUGUAUAUAACAAUUCACAAAACUAUAAUAAUUUCAAUCUGCUUCGGUACAUAUACUGAUAUACUGAAAUGACAUCCUAAAAUUAUUCUAUCAUUCCGUUAAUUCAUGCUUCAGACACAGAGAAAUCAGGCAGACACAUUCCAUCAUCCUGAAAUGUGAAUUACUGGAAAAUCAUCAUACUAAAAUUAGCUUGAAAAUCAUCAAUUCAUCAUACUAAACGAACUCAACGCACACCAGACACCACCACCACUACCAUUCAUUGCAGCACCAAGGUAUGCAUAAAUUCACAUUUCAGUAUGAUGAUUUUAAUAACACCACAGAGGCACAGACAUAGAGCAAUCAGGACUGGCAAAUUGUUAUUGCAAAUCAUUCCAUCAAGCAAAACAUUAUUAAGGGACAAAUUGUUAUUCAAAAUCAUUAUCAUGACCGGCAAAAUCAACAUUCAACAUCUGUACAAGGGAAUAUUACAGUUUUACAUUUUGAAGGCCUACAAGGGGAAUAUUACAUCAUGGGCAAUCACAUGAAGGUUGAAGAUACAGGGGAACAACUUACGGUGACGAGGAAGCCGUUAAUGAUGAAGGCUGAAGAGGAGAGCGAUGUUGCCUGCCGCUGUUGAUGAAGAGGAAGCCGUGAGCUGUUGAUGAUGGGAAAGAAAGGAGAUCGUUACCGCUGUUAAUGAAGAUUGAAGAGGAAAUCAUGAGCUGUUGAUGAUGGGAAAGAAAGGAGAUCGUCGCCGCUGUUGAUGAAAAGGAAGCCGUGAGCACUGAUGACUGGCGUGAAGACUAGACUGAUGAUUGGAGUGAAGACUGGACUGAUGACUGGGUCACUGGAGUGAAGACUGGACUGAUCGUCGCUGCUUUUGUGGUUGCCGGUUGGUUAAUAGAGAAGGAGAUUAGGGAUUUGUUCUCAGUGAAAAGGAGGAUAGGCGAUUUGGCAAUGACUGGAGUGAAGACCGGAGACUUUGGAGUGACUGUGCAUUUACCCAACCAAUAGUCACAGGACAGCUGGGGCAUGGAGGGAAACAUUUGUUGAAAGUUUCCAUCUCAUUAACGUUCUUCGAGGAGUGAAGCUGCCUCCACAUUACACCCAAGUUCUACGAAAAAAAACUGAGAUAUUAGUUUGAGAUAUUUUCUUGGAAUUCAUUUUUUUAAAAUAUUAGAAAAGAUUAUAAGAAUUUCUUAGCAUGUCUCUUAGUUCAUGGGGAUUUUUUCAUCAGAGUUCUUGUUUUCGCUGUUUCCUGCGUUGCAAACCGUGUUUCAUGGCAAAAAUACAUUUGUUGCUUUUUGGUCUUGAAACAUAAUUUGCACCAAACACACCCUUGAGCAUAUACCAGGUUUUCAUUCCAGAACUCACCAGCAGCUAUCUGGUAGUAUGGGGGUGGCGGCGACGUGGCACAAAGGGGGAGUCCCAUACCAGAAAUAACUAACACUAACAGAAUGAGUUAGUUAAAGCAUCCAUCCAUACUCUCCCUCUCUUCACCCACCAAAAAACAACACUAACGAUAGAUAUACCUUUCUUAAUAAUCUUGACGACCUACCAUUCUCAUUCUCUUCUCUUCCCUCCUUUCCAAGAAAAAACUUGAAUUCCCUCAAGAAAAUGCCUCCUCUAAAAGCACUUGCCGCCUUGGUCAUCUUUUUGGGCAUAGCCUCGAUCCUGUUGCAGCAAAGGUAUUGGUUACCACUCUCUUCUAAGGGAAAAUCAACUCUAUAUGGACUUCAACAGUCUACUGCUGGCGUCCAUCACUCUGAAGAGUUUUUCUUGCUGAAUUAUGAGGCAAUGGAAAAGGAUUUAAAGGUCUUUGUUUACCCAGGUGGAAACCCAAAAACGUGUUAUCACUCAAUAGAUAAGAAGCUCAAGAGCAAUUAUGCAAGUGAGCAUUAUUUCUUCAUGAAUCUGAGAAACAGUUCGUUUUUGACUGAGAAUCCUGAUGAGGCUCAUCUCUUCUUUAUUCCCCUUUCUUGUCAGCCAAUGGAAGACCAGGAUGCUUUACCUCGUUAUAAGGAGAUGGUUAUCCAGAACUAUGUCCGCGCCUUAACUAUCAAAUACCCUUACUGGAAUAGGACUUUAGGCGCUGAUCACUUUUUUGUCAGUUGCCAUGGCAUUGGCAACAGGGCUACUGCUGCUUUCCCAUUUCUCCUGAAGAACGCAAUUCGACUUGUGUGUUCACCAAGCUAUGAUUCCAACUAUAUUCCACAUAAGGAUGUUUCCCUCCCACAGAUACUGGAGCUCUCUUUUCCUCCUGAAGGAGAUGGCAUGUGGAACGACUCAACUAUGGAGUCUCUCCCUAUCCAGCUAUCCCCAGUGGAGACUCGCCCUCCCAGGACUAAACUUUGUUUCUGGGCUGGUUCUCCCAACUCAGAAGUAAGAAAGAAUCUUCGAGUUCAUUAUAAAGGUUUAGAAGAAUUUGAGAUCCAUUUCGUCGAGAAUGUUAAAAGGGCAUUGGUGCUAGAUACUUUUCAAAAGGAGAUACAUAGGAGUAAGUUUUGCAUCUGUCCUCGUGGGAAGACUCAAGUCGGUGGUGUUUGCUUAGCAGAGUCGAUGGCUUUUGGAUGUGUACCUGUUAUCAUGUCCGACUACUAUGACUUGCCAUUCAAUGACAUCCUUGACUGGAAUGCAUUCUCUGUAAUUCUCAAAGAGGAUGAUGUUCCCAUAAUGGGGGAGAUUCUCAAAGGCAUACCAGAAGACAUGUUCGAGAAAAUGCGUCAAAAUGUUCACAAGGUUAGCAAGUACUUCAAGUGGCAUUUUCGUCCUGUCAAGUAUGACGAGUUUCACAUGGUAAUGUAUGAGCUAUGGAAGCGCCGCCAUAUCAUUAGGUACUGAACCACAAGAAGAUGGUCCUAAACGACAUUCCCCCCUGAUUGCUUUGCUGGUUUCUGAAGCUAAAUGCACAUGGCGUUGCAUGACGUGCUUAAUAAUACUUUAAUUGAAGGAGAUAUCUGCCAUGAGGCCUGCAUUUGAAAUCAUGGAUUCUUUACAAUAUCAGAAAGAUUACAAAUAUAUCUGGGUGCAUAUGAGUUGUAUAAAUUUAGUUGGUAUGUUUUUCUCAGCGAUUAAUUAAGUCUUUAAGUGAUGAAGAUAACUGCAAAUCAGUAGCUAUUGAAACUGGUUUUGAACCGAUGAAUAUAUCUGCUUGUAAAGUAUGUAAUUACACUAAAAUUAACCUGAUUUUUUUU